UAAGUGUGUGUGUGUGAGGUGGUGCUCGGUUAGAUAAUGUUAGAUACGAUAAAGGACAUCCUGGGGUGUAGAUUUACACAGGGUAUAAGGCACUCAUCACACACUUCGCUGAACUUUACAGGAAACAAUAAUGCGUCCUCAAAAGAUGGCGUUCAGUGGCGCGGCAGCAGGACCAGCAACGGGCACUGCAACGGAGCCGGGUGUGGGCUUGGGGGCUUCGGCGGGGCCGGCGACGGCGAAGGUGGCGGCGGUGGGAACGGGACUGAAGGCUCAGCCGCAGCAGGGCCGGACCAGCUGGAGAGGGCGAGCUCAAUUGAGAAUGACACUAUUCACCUCAAGAGACGGGUGGGACUCAUCAGUGGGGUGGCUUUAAUUGUCGGGACUAUGAUCGGUUCCGGAAUUUUCGUUUCCCCGUCUGGACUACUCGAAAGGACAGGAUCAAUCGGGAUGAGUUUUGUGAUAUGGAUGGCAUGCGGAUUGUUAUCCUUAUUAGGUGCUCUUGCUUAUGCAGAACUGGGCACGAUGAAUACAUCAUCAGGGGCUGAAUACGCUUAUUUUAUGGACGCUUUUGGUGCCCCUCCGGCAUUUCUGUUUUCCUGGGCCAGCACGUUGGUGCUGAAACCAUCCCAAAUGGCUAUCAUUUGCCUAAGUUUUGGAAAAUAUGCCGUGGAAGCGUUUGUUACCGAAUGUGAACCGUCAGAUAUCGUCGUUAAAAUGGUAGCUCUGUUGGCAAUGGUUGUCAUUUUAUACGUGAACUGCUACAGUGUGAACCUUGCUACGAGCGUUCAAAAUGUUUUCACAGCAGCGAAACUGGUAGCUGUAUUAAUUGUGAUAUUGGGAGGAAUGUACAAGAUUGUUGAAGGGAAUACUCAGCAUUUGAAAGAACCCUUUAAAAAUACUCAAUUUUCGGUAGGCAAUAUAGCGACAGCUUUCUAUACUGGUUUGUGGGCCUAUGAUGGAUGGAAUAACUUGAACUACGUUACGGAAGAAAUAAAAAAUCCCUCCAAAAACCUGCCACGUAGUAUUGCAAUUGGUAUUCCACUAGUGACCAUAUGCUACGCUUUGAUCAACGUGUCCUAUCUAACAGUAAUGUCACCAAUGGAAAUGAUGACCACCGAAGCUGUUGCCGUAACAUUUGGAAAUCGGGUUUUGGGAGUGAUGGCAUGGUUGAUGCCGCUAUCUGUUACCAUUUCCACGUUUGGUGCAGCCAAUGGAACACUGUUCGCAGCUGGUAGGCUGUGUUUUGCUGCGAGUCGAGAAGGCCAUCUACUGGAUAUUUUGUCCUACGUGCAUAUCCGUAGAUACACUCCAGCACCCGGACUGAUAUUUCACUCAUUAAUUGCCGGCGCUAUGGUAAUGUAUGGAACUAUAAAUUCACUGAUCGAUUUCUUCAGCUUUACCGCCUGGAUUUUCUAUGGAGGCUCCAUGGUUGCUCUAAUUGUGAUGCGAUACACUAAACCUAACUACCCCAGGCCCUACAAGGUGCCGAUAAUCAUUCCUUAUUUGGUAUUAGUGAUCUCUGUAUACCUGAUAAUAGGCCCUAUUUUAGAUAAGCCUACAAUUGAGUACCUGUAUGCCACUUUCUUUAUCCUGGGAGGAAUGGUGUUCUAUGUUCCAUUCGUUUAUUACAAAUUACGCAUACCUUUCAUGGAUGGUGUGACAGUGUUUCUGCAGAUGCUAUUGGAAGUGGCACCAACAUCGACAAUGUUGGAGUAAACCAAAUUAAAAUUAGUUGAUGCUCAAAUAGAAUAUUAGUUGCAUCAUGGUUACAAGUCCCAUCUACACUAAAUAUUUUUGUUAUGCUUGUUAAAAAACAUGUGUAGAUGGUUAUAAUUUUUGAAUUGUAAGAAAAUAUAAAAAUUGCACGGAUCAUUCCGAAUAUAUUGGACAUUCUAUGGGGUGCAACGUGGGUGUCCUGAUAACUAUAAUUAUUUAAAAUAAAAGCAGAUAAAAUUAAAUAUUGUACAAAUUUAAGGUACAAUAUUUAUAGAGUAAUAUUAACAUAAGUUACUGAUUAUUAAUACAUAUUGUCUAUUAUAAAAAAUUUUAGAAAGUCUAAAAUUAUACUAUCUAGACACAAAUAAUAUUUUUAAAUUAAUUUUAUCUGAGUUUAUAUUUACAUAGCAUUUUUUACCAACUGUGUACAUUUAUUACCAAAAGUCUGACUUUUUUAAUAAAUUAUUUUUAUAUUGUUAAUAAUAAUCUUGUAACCAUGAUAGUGUCGUAGAAUUCGUAAAAAAUGUUUAUGGUAAAUAUAUGCUGCUGUCAUUCCUUACCUAAACAUGUUGAUUAUUUGAUAUUUAUUUUAAUCUGGAUUUAUAUUUUUUUAUUUUAUAUUAAAAGAUUCACAUCAAGAGAGAACCACAGAAAUUAUUAAAUUAAUCAAAUCCAAGUAGCUGAUCGUUGAAAUUAUUUCUGGAUUUUUAUAAUAAUAGCAGGUACCUGUAGUCCAAUGUUAUACAUAUCCAAAAAAGAAAAAAACUCUCUAAUAACGAAUCUUUUUCAUUAAAUGUGGUAACCUAGAAGUUGAAAAUUGUUUUUCUUUAUAUAACUAAAGCAGGUAAAUAGAUGAGAAACAUUGUUGCCAAAUGUAAAGCAUAAUGUCAAAUAUGUGAAUAAAAUUGUGAAAAAUUAA